UUGCGCUGAGCUUUUUGUUUCACUCAACACACACACCAUCAUGUUCUUGGAAACCACAUGAUUACCAGUUGUCAUAUCAGAUCCUAUCCAUUAACACGAGUCACGGUUAAAACUUCAAAGCACAUUGCAUUACCACCUUGUUCCUCUUAGCAAUCUCCGCCUUAUCUUCUUGCUCUCUUCUUUCUUUCUGUUCUACUUUCAAACACAACAAUCUUUCUUGGGAAAUGGUUUUGUUCAAACGUAAGGGUGUGGUUUACACGCCCGUGAAGGAUGUUGAUUUAGGUCCUUAUAGCAGUGAAUCCUAUCUCCAAGCCAAUGUCAAAGCUCCACGCAUGACUGGAAUUUUGAUCAAGAUUUUCACUCAUUUGUUGGAGUGUCCAAUACUUGGAACCUUUCUGUUGUUCAUAUUGAAGGGAAACAAUCUUAUUCACGAGCUUAUUACAAAUGCAGAGUUACAAGAGUCACCUCUCUAUGUUCCCUUACAUCAUUUUGAAGACACUAAAGAAAGAGAAGUCAAAUGCUUAGAUUCUUCUUCAUCUCCACCAGAGAAAGUUCAACUUGCGUUAGAUUGCUUGCCUAUAUUUUCAGAAGAAAAACUUGAUGGAACAAAUCCUUCGUUCCUUCGCUGGACAAUAAUGGAUUAUUCUAAAGCCUAUCGUUCAGGGGAUAUAACACCACGCUUGGUUGCGGAACGACUCAUUGCUGCUAUUGAAGAGUCCAUAAAACCGCCACUCCAAAUGGGAUUUUUCAUUCACUACAAUGUGGACGAUAUACUAAGGCAAGCAAAUGAAUCAACUGCUAGAUAUAAAAAAGGGGAACCUAUAUCUGUGCUAGAUGGAGUUCCUGUUGCUAUCAAGGAUGAGAUAGAUUGUUUGCCAUAUCCGACAACAGGAGGUACAAAGUGGCUGCACAAAGAAAGGCCUUGUAAAGAGGACGCUUGCUGUGUUAAGCGUCUAAGAUUUUGUGGCGCCAUACUUGUGGGGAAAACCAAUAUGCAUGAACUUGGGUCAGGAACUAGUGGAAUAAAUCCAAAUUAUGGGCCUGCUAGAAACCCAUAUGAUAACAAUAAGAUUGCAGGAGGUUCUUCUAGUGGAUCUGCUUCUGUGGUGUCUGCAGGACUGUGCCCUGUUGCCCUUGGUGUUGAUGGGGGAGGAUCUGUAAGGAUGCCUGCUGCUCUUUGUGGUGUUGUUGGUCUGAAACCAACUUUUGAUCGUAUACCUCAUGCUGGAGUUCUUCCCCUAAAUUGGACAGUUGGGAUGGUCGGAAUACUAGCAGGCACGGUUGAGGAUGCAUUGAUCGCUUAUGCAGCUAUCAGUGGUGAAAUUCCAUCCCAUCAACCCUCAGGUGUAUUGACCAAGAUAAAUCUUCCACUGCUGAGCUUGACUAAGUCCAUAUCUGACAUCAAGUUGGCAAAAUAUGGGAAGUGGUUUAAUGAUUGCAGUGAUGAUGUCAGAAUAUGCUGCUCCCAAGCUUUGUACAAGCUUCAAGAACGUUACAGUUGGAAGACUAUAGAUGUCACCAUACCAGAGAUAGAAGUGAUGCGCCUGGCACAUUAUGUAACAAUCGGAUCUGAAUGUUCCACUUUGCUCGAUUCUUUUAGAGAAAAGAACUUUGCAGAGUUAGGAUGGGAUGCAAGGGUAGCACAAAGCAUCUAUGGUUCUUUUAGUGGCUUGGAGUAUCUUAAAGCUCAGAGAAUUAGGAAUCGCCAAUUGCAAUUUCACAAGAAAAUAUUUGCUGAGGCUGAUGUCAUUGUCUCACCAACAACGGGUGUGACUGCAUAUCCAAUUCAAGAUGAUGCCCUGAAUACUGGUGAACUUGACUACGUCAAUGGAGCUGCACUUGUUCGUUAUUCCAUAGCAGGAAACUUUCUGGGACUUCCUGCUGUCACUGUUCCGGUUGGAUACGAUAAAUUUGGUUUGCCUAUUGGUCUUCAGUUUAUUGGAAGGCCUUGGUCUGAAGCAACAUUGAUCCACUUGGCAUUCGCAAUGCAGGUAAAAUUCAAGUUUUCACUAAAGCAUCAAAAUUAG